AUGGAUGGUGGUUCAGGUCUAGUUGAUAUCGAUUCACACAAGGCAACGAUUCUCGUUGAUCUUCAAGAUGAAUUACGUAAAAUUCCAACACAACAAACAAAUUCAGAAUGUAUGAUUUGUACUGAAGAAAAAAUGUGCAUUAAAUUUUGCUGCAGCUCAAUCAUCUGCAAAGAAUGUUUUCCUAACUAUUUUGCCAAUUAUGAUUAUAAAAUCAUUUGCCUUACUUGUAAUAAAACUGUAUCACCAGACAAAGUUUUUGUGACUCCACAGUUUAUACAAUCACUCGUUCAGCUGGAUGAAACCACAUUAAUGGCUCGAAAUAUUGAUUUUCAAAUAUGUACUUGUGGUGCAUUGUCUAUCAAUAGUACGAUGUAUGCAAAACAAAAAUGUAACAAUUGCCAACGAUGGUUAUGUUUUUUCUGUAAUUCUGAUUGGGAUGAAACAGUAAAAAAAAUGCGUAAUGAAAAAUAUACAUGCAAGGUCAAUUGUUUUUGGGAAACCAAAAUCACUUAUCAAUUAGUUUCACUUGCAUAUAAUACUGCAAUGAAAGUAGCAAAUCGUCGAUGUUAUCCAAAAUGUUUUGAAUGUGGUUCUUAUGAUUCAAAAUAUAAAUAUCAUGUAUGUAAAUGUGGUCAUAAAUUCUGUUUUAUUUGUCUUAAAACGGAAGAAGAAUGUAAGCGUGAUUUCAAAUCAGCAUAUAAUCAACCAUGUGGUGCUGUAGCACAACAAACAUUUCACAUAUUUCCACGUCUCUGCCAUGAACAAUAA